AUGCAAGAGGAUGAAGAUGGUCUAUGCAUGAGGUUGAUCAACAGCAUCGAUUUCGACAAGACUACAUUGGGGGAGGUUGUAUCGACACUCUUGUUGUGGUGCUUUUCAAACAAGGAUAUAGAAGCUUCCGUCAUCACUAAAUACCUCAAUGCUGCAUUCGAUCAAUACCAUCUUACAAACUAUCAAAUCAAUCAACUCUUUCAAGCUCAUUCUUUAUGCAAUUAUCGGUCCUAUACAUCUACACCACCUUCUACUCCCCCUCCUCCUCCUCCAACUUCAACUGGCACAACUAUUAAUUUUAAUGUCAACAAGAAAGAUGAUGAUAUUACUGAAACUACAACUACAACCAAUACAGUAGCUACUACUACUAUUGAUACGGAAACAACACCUCCUAUUCCAACUUCACCAAACAGUAAAGAGUCAAUACCUUUAUUACCAAUUCUUUCAUUUGACAAAAUCAUUGAUGAUACUAAUACUAAUAAUAAUAAUAAUAAUAAUAAUAACUCAUUUGUAAAUACAACAACAACAACUACAAUACAAUUUAAUAAUAAUAAUACCAAGGAUUUAUAUAAUAAUAUAUUUUUGACUAAAUUAAAAUCGAUUAAAGAAUCUGCAACCAUUUUAACAAAUAUAACAAAGUAUUCAACACAAUUAAAAGAUCAUAUACAAACUAUGAUUGAAAGUUUUGGUGAAGAAGAAUUGGAACCAUACAUUAUCAAGAAAUCAUUAGACUAUCAAACCAAUUUAACAAAGUUUGCAAAUCAAAUAUUUCAAAUUUGGCCUCGAGAGGAUAGAAAUGCAAUAUUGGAAGUAAUAGAAUCAAUGAUUUUAAUUAAUAUUUAUGAAUUAUUAUUUCCAUUUAAUAUUCAAAAAGAUAAAGAGAUUAAAGAAUCAAUUAGAUUGAUACAAAAACAUCCAAUUGAUUAUUUAGAUACAGACUCUGAUAAAGUUAGUGCUGUUGAAUGGGAACAAGCCAUAGCAGAAUUGUCAUCGAUCAAUGUUUUUCAAACACCAAGAGACAAGGUUAUGUGUAUAUUGAGAUUCUCAAGAAUCGUAUCUCAAGGUCUCCAUUCUUCUGGUAAAUCAUUUGGUGCAGAUGAAUUUGUAAAUUGUAUAGUGUAUAUUUUAAUUAAAUCAAAUCCUGCUUAUCUUUAUUCAAAUAUGAGAUCAAAUGAUUUAUUAGUAUCAGAAGCAGAGUAUUAUUUUGUAUCGAUAUCAUCGGCAAUGAUGUUUAUCGAAAGAAAAUAUCAAGAAUUAAAAAAUGUUGAAAUUGAUGAAUCCUACAUUGACAGUUUAUCAUCAUACUCUCAAUCUCUUCGUCUCUACAACAACAACAAUAUCAAUGAUGAAAAUGAGACAACUACAAAUACUUUAGAUUCAACAAAUACUUAUCCUUCUACUUCAUCAACAUCACCAACAAUGAAUGAACUAAAAUAUUCUUCUUCUUCUUCAAUUGGAAUGGAACCAUUAUUAAAUGAUGAAAACCCAAUUCACAAAGAAGUUAUCAAGACUGCAAAUGAAAUAUUGGCCAAACUCUUAUCGAUUGCUAUAUCAGAGGGUUCUUAUGACUCGAGAAUAAGAUCGGCUCUAUUGAGGUUGUCAAUGAUUGUUAGCCCCAAGGAAGAGGAUGGUUUACCCUUUUUUGCCAUUGAAAUGGCAGUUGGACAGACACUAUUUGACGAAAAGGAAAGAAAGCGAAUCAACCGAGGUAUUCUCAAUGUUUUUGAGCGAACCACUUCAAAUCAUCGUGUACUAAAGGUGGCUGUUGCCACUGUAACAGGUGGCAUACUCCUUGCAGUGACUGGUGGAUUGAUAGCUCCUGCCCUCGGUGCACUCCUUCAUCUUAUAGGAGCAAGUGCAACUGUCUUUUCAGCACUGACAUAUGCAGGUGUUAGCGGACCGACUCUAACCAGUCUACUCUUUGGUACCGUCGGCAGUGUCAUGUCUGCAAAUCGUGUCUCCAAAUCAACUGCAGGUCUCGAAAGAUUCAGAGUCAACAAAAUACAUGAAACAUUUGGUCUUCAUGUAGUUCUUGGUGCAAUUGGUUGGAUUGAAAAUGAACCUCCUACAAAUACAACAACAAAUACUAAUAAUAUAACAGACAAAAAAACAGAUAAAAAGAAUAACAAAAAAGAAAAAGAAGAAGAGAAAAAGAAGAAGAAAAAUUGA